CAACAAGUGAAAGCCCUGUUUGCCGUAAGUAAUUGUGAAGCAGCAGCAGAAGGUCCUCUGUCUUCGAGGAAAGUAAUACUUUUAAGGACGACUUGGAAGAUCUUCGCCAAAAACUGCAAGGUCCCCUUUUUUUCACCCACAACUUGAUGAACUUCUAACUGAAAACGCAUGAAGACUAACGAUCGAUUUAUUUUCGCUCCGUCACAGGCACGGGAGCAAAUUGGAUGGAGAUCAUAAGUACUACGACUCUACGCAGAUAGACGUUGAACGAAGUAUAUUGUGUCCAGGCAACUACACCCUGUAAUGCUUUUUGAUUUUCCCCCCUAGAUGAACUAGAACUCAUCUACUUAGGCUUCUCCUCCUUCUGAAGUCACACAACGAAGAACCCAGUUUGAUAUUUGAGAUCGACGUAAAAAACAUAGAGCCUGUUGUAGUAGUACCUCCGCCCGAAAAGACUAUAUCACCAUGGCGGGCAAACCGCGGCCGGGCCAGAUGGGCCACCCGGACUACGACAAGCACCAACAGCAUUUGUUCGACGAAGACGGGAACUUCGACUUCAACGCGCGCGAAAAGCGGGAGUACUACCACGACUACAGUUACUUUGGCGGUUUUCUCGGCGCGGACGAGGUGAAGGAAAAGAAGAAAAAGGAAAAACUGAUCGGGAAGUGCGACCUGCUGCCCCGGCUGCCCCCCAAGGACGCCCGCAUCCGGGGCAUGAUCGAGCAGUUUGCGAGCAAGUGCCUGCAGCAGGAGGACCCGGACUUUUGCGAGCACACGUUCUUCACGAAAAACCCGAAAAUGUACUACUUUCUCCGGGAAAACGACGGGACGAGCCGCAAGUUCGAAAUCGAGGAGCGCACCGGCAAGCUGAUUGACCCGCUGAAGGUGGCGAGCGAAAAAAACACGAACAGUAAACCCACGACGGAAGAGCAGGACGAGCAGGAAAAGGCCCGGGAUUACUAUCAGUUCGUCAAGCACUGCCUGCAGCGCAAGGUGGACUACGUGCCGCUGGUGGCGAAGCAGCAGAUGGUGGAGGCAGACCGGAUCGCCAAGCUGCACGGUUUGACCGAUAUCAACGCGGGCGACGGCGCGGUGAAAAUUGCCCCGGGAGGUGCAGGCGGCGGCGGCAGCAGCAGCAGCAGCAGUUCCGCCGCCGGGGCGGGGGCCAAGAAUGACGGGCAAGAAAACAAGGACUCCACAGCAAACAACGACGCUGACGACCCGGUGAAGAAGUUCACGCCGGGGUCCCGCGUGGAGGUGAUCGGGCUGAAGGCAAAGCCGGAGCUGAACGGGGAAUUUGCGAUUGUGAAGUCCUACAACGCGACCAGCGAGCGGUUCCAGAUUCUGUUCGAGAAGCUGAAGAUCGAGAUCGCGGUGCGGGCGGGCAACCUCAUGUUUGCCAAGGACCAAGCGAAGUUUCAGAACGACAAGGAGGACAAAAAGUGGACCGCCGACAUUCCGCAGAACACGAAAGUGGAGAUCAAGGACCUGACCAGCGACGCGGGGAAAUUGUUGAACGGCAGCAAGGGAAUCGUCGUGAACUUCGACGAGGAAACCAAGCGGUACCUGGUGAAGAUGCUGACGAACCGGAACGUGGAAACGAACCAAAUCAAGAAGUUGAAAUUCGAAAACCUGAAGUGCGAGCUGCCCAAGGGCUGGACGGUAUCAAAUGUAAAAAUCCCCCCUCCCCAUAUCGAAGCGACAUGAUUCCGAAAAUUUGUGUUGCUGAUUUGAGGCCACAAAUCGCGUCUGUCUUGCAAGCAGACAAGUGCAGAGGCUUCCGCGCCAUUAUGGAAGCGAUUUGGCAUGCUGUUGCACCUAGGGGACAGCCGUUUGUAAUGCUAAACAACUAGACCCAAACGCCCCUAAAUAGGCUGAGGAUCUGGCUGCAAUGCCUUACUGCAAGACAGCACGCAUUUGUGUACGGAAGUCCAGCAUCAGAAACUUCGUCCCGAUAUGGGGAAUUUUCCUUACGAUAGACGGAGCACUUCGACGAACACAUGGGAAAGUUUUUCUACCGACACACGGACUCCAACCGCAUCCAGUGGAAUUAUCCGAUGGAAAAAGCAGUAGGAUAAAAGGAGCAUAUUAUCAUUUGCAUUGCAAUUUGUUGUACUUAUUUUGUACUAGUGAAAUUAACCAUGUUCCAAACGGCACGCUAUGGGCUCUCCCAUGACAGCUAUUUCUGGGCAUUUAUUUUUGCAUUAAUUUUUUUCCAGACACACACACGACACAUGGUAACAUCAAAGCUAAGCUAUCUGCCAUUUCAAGCUCGCUUUUUUCUGUGUGAUAGAACGCACCCCGUGCUGAAGCAGCGUGUGAACCGAAAGAACGAGAACAAGGACGCGUUUGGCAAGGACGCCUUCCUCGUCCAAAACGAGGACAACAUCGACGCCGAAUUUGACCGGCAGAAGUAUGCGACCGACCGGCUGAACGAGGGCGAGGGGCAGUUCAACCUGCAGGACCUGGUCGCCAAGGUGCAGCGCGAAGAGGACCGGAAGCGGCGGCGUGAGGAGAACCCAGACGUCGAGAUCGACAGCGACCUAGAGGAGGAGCAAGCGGAGGAAGAGUGGAAGCGGCAGCGGGGCCUGGUAAACCGCGCGAAGAAGCUAUCAAACAGAAAAAGUAGGCCGCCCCGCACACCUCAGUAGACGUUUAGAAAAGUUUCUGUAUGCUGCAAUAAAUAGGGCUUGACCACGUGGAAUCUUUUGUGCGUCUUGCAUGAAAGGAUGCAAUAGGUCGAGGACCACUCUCGCGGCUUCACGCUUCGAGCGUGAGAUGCGGUAAGCACAUGGCAAGCCUCACGAUGAUUUCUGGGCUAUUCUUUUCCGACGCAAGUUAUUUUUUUUUUGGUUCCCUGCAGCGAAUGAUAUUGAAAUUUGUGUUGCUAGGGUUUCUAUGCGUAUGCAACGGGAAGAUCAUGACUGUUUAUUCCGUUGCAAGAAUGCAAACACCUUUCCACUGUGGGCGGUCGGGGGUAAUCAAUUUUUUCAGCUUGAUAGGCGCGGACCAAACGAGAAAAGAAGGAUCUGUUCAAGUAUGAUUUCCUGGUGAAGACGCUGCAGGAGUCAAAGGAACGGCUGGCGCUGGCGGGCAACUGCCGGGCUGCCCCGGGAAACAAGUUGAACAAGAACGAGCAACAGGCAAUUCUCGAGGCGCGGUGGGAGAUGCUGAACCAGUUCGUGGAAAACACGAAGUUGGAAAAGAACGACCAACGCAUAUCAGAACGAAAAGCGGCGUGGUCGUCGUCCCGCUCCCGGAACAAAGUGAAAACAUCAGAUGUCCCCUGUGGUGCUAACUUCCCACGACGGACUUGUAGUAUUCGUUUGAUGAUGUCAUCUGCUUGCGUGAAAAUGCAGCAAAAUGCACCGCUCUACUGACAGUCCUCCUCUUGCUCAUUCAUGCAAAGAAGCAUGAAUAUGCUUCUGCUUUUACAUUUUUGGGAACAAAAAUACACUGCAUAUUGGACGCACUUAUUUGUAGUUCUGGGGUUCUUGGGAUAAAACCACGACGUCGACUUCUCAUUUUGAUAACGGAUUUCCCAAGGGGAUUUCGCCUCGUCCUCGGGGUUUUACGGCCAGGAGGCUCCGGUCAUCGUGGUGAAGGCGGAUGUGCCGCCCCAUUUGUGGCGGGACUGCGAGACGGCCAUUGUGGACUCCAUCGACAGCAUACACAAGGAGUUCGAAACGGACUCCGCAAGGCAAAAACACACGAUCCAGAACCUAAACCUGACGAUGCUGUAUCUCGUCGAGACGGACGAUUCGGCGAUGACCGCGAACCACCUGGUAUGGUCAAGAAAAAUCCCAUUUUUUCCCCGUACUCCAAUUUGACAGUUGUCAUGCUCAUUUGUGCAUACAAAUGUAAUGUCUUGCACACAGGGGAUGUUAGAUAGGCCUCCAUGGAGGGACGUAUUCUGUGAUGCGGUUUGGGUUUCGCCUGCGUCUAUGCUGGAGCGCAAUAUAUGAUUAAAGCUGUUUUGUGUACGGCGCAAAUCCAGCAAGAACAGAAGUCGUCAUUUGAAUAUAGUAUGAGGAGGAGGGGUUUUUCAUUUUGAUACCUGUCCGAAAAGAUGGAUUCGCUGCUGGGGCUGAUGAAGUGUUUUUUCUGAAAUUUUCGAAACCAGUGAUAAAAACAUUCUUGUUGAGACAAUUUGGCAGUGACACACCUCAAGUCGUGAAACUCAAAGUAAGUGUGA